UAGUAGUGUGUGUUCAUUCAUUUUGAUUCAUUCAUAACAAUCAUCUGCAAUGCUGUGAAAUGAUUAUCCCCUUUUGGAAGUUAUUAUUUUAAUUAUUUUUCUGUUCUACACUGAAUAGAUGCCGCCGGUGAAUAAAUGAAGUCUUCUCGAAGCUCUUCAGGGACCACAAUGAGGAAAUAUUAUCAACUUAUACUCGUGAUAGUGUGUUUUAUAAGCGUAAUAACAUUACUCAUAUACCGCCAUGAGUAUUACAGGCUUAGAUAUGUGUUGGAGGUGCUGAAUUUCUUCGGCAAACCGGGACUCUCUGAGAUCGAGUUUUGCGGGCCCGGGUUCAAUGCUACGAUGUUGUCAGAAAUUCUUCGUAACUCGUCGAUGGAGAUUCGCGAAACACCGCCUCUGUUCCAGCAGAUCGAUGAGAAUUUCUAUUCUUAUUCAUCGUUCUUGAGAUCGUACCAGAAAUACGAUCAGUUGACUCCAACACACGCACAUAACAUCGACACUAUCGUCAUCGGUAAGGCGAGUAUCCCGCCUAACUUUCGUUGCAACAUUUGGUUAGAGAAUACAAACAAGCCAAAAGCAGGCCGUUUUAGUUACAAAACAGUUUCAGAACCGACAAAUGAUUUCCGUUUGUAUAUCUUCCAAUGUUCACUGGGUCAGAAUCUGGGGAAACCAAAGGGUGUUAGUUUCUACAUCAACGAUUACAAUAUAAACCCUAUUCAUGCCCCAAUUAAUAGAGUGAUUGAAGUGAACACUAAACGGAAACCUAGAGAAAGCAGCAGCAUUAAAUUUGUUAAUAACAUUGAACCAGCUAUCUGUGUUAUACCAAACCAAGUGCCAUUAGUAUCCCGAGAUUCCUUUAUAGAGUUUCUGGUCUUCCACCAUAUGAUGGGGGUUAAUGAAUUCACAAUAUAUGAUAGCAUGAUUUCCGAGGACAUUAUAAGGAGACUGAACUUACUGCCGGCCGAUAUCACACAAUGGAAUAUACAAUUCUUCCCUUUGAACUAUCCUUUUGUGUUUGCUAAAUCUUACAGUAUAGUGAAGGAUGCAAUAGAGCUUGAUUGCUUGUUCAGACAUUUUCGAUUGGAUAAAGAAGAGGAGAAUAAAGCAAGUCAUGCCAUGGUAUUGUCCUGGGAUGAGUUCUUGGCCCCCCGAGUACAUAACAACAUUAAAGAAAUAUUCAACGACUUUGACCCAACAAGGAAGUUCAAGACUUUAGAGGUCAAACCUCUUUUGUUUUGCUUGAACCAGCCUGAGGAUGAUAGAACUGAAGAGGGAUUCCCGGAUAUAAUGAGAAAAACUCAUUACUAUAUACUGCCACAGAAGUUGAAGUCUGUUAAUGUGAGGAACAUGGAUUCUAUGCAGACAUUUGAAGAUAUCUUCACUCUGAACUCAAGUACUAAAGUAGUUCCAGUUGAGAUACUAGGAGCCCAUAAAUACACAGAGUGUAGGGAUCCGAAAAUACCCAAUCCUUCUGGCACAGGUUACAAUGAGACUCAAAUGCAAGUAUUCCAACACAAGUUUGAAGGUGGGAUGGCGAAAUUCGGUCAAGCUUUGGUAAACAACAAAAUCUACCGCCUGUAUAGAUCAGGAAAGAUAUGGGAGAAAGUCACAAAUGAAUUCGUUAGAGACAUGUUAUGAAGUGAUCAUUUUGUUGCUAUGGCAAAGCAUUGGCCAUAAGAUUAGAUUGUUCCCAGAAAUGCCAAGCUAAUUUCCAUUUUCAGUAGUAUCAAAGUAAAUUAGCGAAUAGUUAUCCUAAUUUUGAGUAGCACUCGCUCAAUUAGAACAAACAAGUAUUCAUAGUUGCCAUUUUAUUGAGACAGAAAUUGUACAUGAUUAAGAUGUUUAUCUUGGUCCGAUUAUUGGAAUUUGUGUGACCUAUAAAUGUUUAUGAUGUUGUUACGAGUGGGGCAGUUAUCUAAAGAUAAGGAUUUGUUGAAUACAGUAAAUACAAGGUGUUUCGAAUGUGUGGUCAUUUCUGAAGUAUAGGAGAGAAAUAAAAAAUAUCCUCCUAACCAAAAAAAAAAAACAAAUUACGUUAAAAAAAUGUUUUUCAAAACAGUAAAAAAAUGUUUUCCUAGUGAAAGUUGAUUAUUUCUACGUGCUAUAUAACUUUACUUGGAAUAUGACCCCAGAUUACCGUAACACCCUGUAUUUAAAUAAUUGAAGAGUUUUUGUUACUAACAGAUUCAAGUAACGAUAAGUCAUGUUUUCUUUGGAAUAUCGCUUUCGGCAAAAAAAAAUCCAGCUAAGCUAGAUUCAAAAAUCAAAUUCAAAAUUUUCUUAAAUUUGAAAUUCCUUAGAAUCGAUUAGGUUAUCGUUAAGAUGUGCCUUGAUAAUAGUGGUGGCUAGAUAGAUAGACCUUCUCAAUUCUUCUCCUUAAAUAUAGAAAUAAGAUUGCUUCUAGAAGCGUUAAUCCAAUACUGCCAUAGGUAAUCGAUGAGGCCGUGUUAUGACAGUGUAGUGAAACUAGUUUUAGUCACCAAUAGGAAAAAGUACGCAAAGCAACACAAGUCCAAUUCUUUAAUAUUGUACUCUCGAAGUAUUUAAUGAAUAUCUACGGAUCCACAACCACAAUAUCAUGAAGACUAUUUCAGCUGUGGAAGCAGGAUGCCCCGUCUCUACAACUGCAAAAAUAUGACUAAUGCUGGGGACACACUAACGAGAUAUGCUAUUAAUUAUCUCGAUUAUGGACAUUAUGCCGUUUAGCAUUAGACGAUAGCUCAAGUGGCGGUACAUGAAAAAAUUACUCAAUUAUUAUUGCGCUAGUGGGCAUUGACCUUAGCCACUAGUGUGGCCCCAGCAUUAGGAAUAUGGGGGUAGUCUCGUUCAGCGUUUGGAGACCUUCAUAGAUUUACCUUGUGUAAGAUAGGAUGAACCUUCUACGUCAUAACACGGCUAAAAAUCGUAAAAUAAGUAUUUAAGUAUUCUCUUUUUUGUAUUGAAGUUUAAUUUAUGGUUGCUAGUUGAUCUCUUCCAGAAUUUUAUUUUUUAAUCAAUUCGAGCGUAGAGUAAGCUCGUUUGUUUUAAGUUUGUGUGCUUUCAAAUUUCUUUAUUUUUUAUACUAUUGCGAAGGUCCGCCUUCUCUUACCGUAAUAUUGUUGUUGUGUGAGAGUAACGCUACGCUGUGACACUUCCACAAAUGAAAUAUGAUAAAUGCUGGUAGGGCCCUAGAAGAAAUAAGGUUGAAUUUACAAAAGCAAGGUUGUAGUCCCAGACCUCAGGUUGUAAUGUUCCUGAUAUUUAACCUUGUAUUCUUCUGUGACUUUUUAAGUGCAAUAAUAAAUACAUUUUGUUGCGAAUAGCUUAUUAAUGUAAGUCUUCCAUUUUAUGUUUAUAUUGUAAGAAAACCACUUGCAGACAACAAAAAAUCAGUUUUAAGCAGAAGAUUAUUACUGUUUUUUAUUUAUUGAAGGUAGUUCUAGUUUUGUUUUGGUAGUAGGCACUGCUAGCAAUGUAUCAUUUCACAUAGUAUCUAAGAUAUGAGCACUAAAAGGUAUUCGAAUUAAUAUUAGGCCACUCAAUACUAACCAUGUUUAUAGAUUUACAAUUUUGUAUCACAAUACAUUUAAAUUGUUUAAAUAAUUGUAAACGGAUUGUGGAAAUGUUUAAAGUUUGUUGUUUGUAGCUAUUAAAUGAAUUUCUCUUGUUUUAAGAUUGUACCACAGAUUUUGCAAUGAACAUUUUAAAGACUGAUAAAAAUUGCAAGAUUCUAUUGUAACUGAUCUUAAACCAUGUGAAAUUCAUUCAAUUGUUACUUUUGUAAGUGGAAUGUAAUAUUCGAAUAAGGGAUCCGUUGAAACUAAAAUCUUUGUUUAUUACGUUUGUUUAAAAUAAAAACACAUGAAAUGAUACUAA